AUCAAAAAGAUGAUGUUUGUGGCACCGAUGGAUUCCAAAGGUGAUCAAAGAAGAGAUAAAACUUUAAGAGAGCAUCCAGCAAAGAGACAGUUGUUCCAGAUUUUACCAAAAACUCCAAAGAAAAACCAGAAAGGAAAGGCAGAAUUAGAAAAGAAGAAGAACGACGUUGAUGAAACAAAAAAUAAUGAUGAUAUAAAGUCUUUACCAAGUGCUAAAUGUAAACAGAAGAAACAUCAUAUAGAAGUUAUAGAAGAAGGAGAUGAAGUUAUUGAUAUAGAGGAACAAUUAGGUCGUUUAGUGUUCGCUAAUCUAGCAGGUUUACAGUGGUGGCCUGGUCUUAUUGUUAAAGGUUCUAUGUGUAAUCUAUAUACAGAAGAUAUUGGAUGUUCCUGGGUUUAUUGGUUUGGUGAUCAUAAAGUCUCAUUGGUGACACAUGAAAGAAUAAUUCCAUUCCUGGCUAACUUCAAUGAUAAAUGUCAUGGUAAAGGCAAGAUGUUCCAGAAGGCUCUGAUAGAGAGCAUACAUAUAUUUGGCAGCAGAUGUGGAUUAAAGAUAGAUUCUUUGUCUGAUGAUUAUCUUCUAGCUUGGGCAAAACGUGGCUUUAAAUUUAAACCGCAUGAUCAACGUACAAAAGCAGAAACAGCUUGUGAUAUACCCGAAACAGUUACUAUUCAUCUAAAAAUGAUUGGUGAUGAUGUGUUAAAGAAAGUAGCAAAUAAAUCUGUGCCUAAAUCAAAAGGGGUCAAACAGCAAAAACCAGAUACUAGAGAGAAUGCAAUAGAAGCUGUUAAGGAAGGAAAGUGUUUGAUUCAAGAUGUGUGUAUUGGUUGUUCUGAAUUAAAUGUUGAAUUAGUGGAUCAACAUCCAUUAUUUAAAGGUGGUGUAUGCGGAAAUUGUAAGUCUGAUGUGUUAGAAACUAUGUUUGCUCUUGAUGAAGAUAAUAACAAUGCCUUUUGUUCCAUAUGUGGCUGUGGGGGAACUUUAUUUGUAUGCGAUAAAGAUACCUGCAAUAGAGUAUAUUGUGUUGAUUGUAUUGAUGAAAUGGCUGGAUCAGAAAUACUUGAAAAGAUUGAGAAAGUUUCUAAAUGGGAAUGUUUUCUGUGUAUGCCAUAUCAUAAAUCUUCACAUGGAUUAUUACAACCUCGGCAUGAUUGGAGACAAAGAAUAGUUCAGUUUUUUGAGACAGAAGUGAUAGAUCAGAUACCAAAUUUUGACCACUUAAAGAAAAAGAAACCCUUACGUGUUCUUAGUCUUUUUGAUGGUAUUGGAACUGGUAUACUGGUUUUAAAGGAAUUAGGACUAGAAAUUGAAGAAUACCAUGCUAGUGAAAUUGACCAAGAUGCCAUCAUGGUGACAUCAGUUCACCAUGGUGACCAAGUAAAACAGAUUGGUGAUGUCACUUCAAUCAAUGAAAAUAUGAUUUCUAAAUUACUUCCCGUGGAUUUGUUAAUUGGUGGUUCACCCUGUAAUGAUCUUUCUAUAGCUAAUCCUGAUAAAAAAGGAUUUGACUUUGGUGGUACCGGUAUAUUGUUCUUUGAUUUUGUGAGGAUCCUAGAAAUAAUUCGUAAACAACAGACUAAAGAAAGACAUUUAUUCUGGUUAUAUGAGAAUGUAGCAUCAAUGAAAUUAGAAUACAAGAAGGUUAUCUCUAGAUUCUUGAAGUGUCCAGCAGCCAGAUGGGAUAGCCUAUAUUUCAGUGCUCAGAACAGAUCAAGAUACUUUUGGGGCAAUAUACCGGGACUUUACAGCACACCUGCAAUUUCUACAUCUUCUCAUCAAAGAGUCACGUUGAACAGUUGUUUAGCUCAAAAUUGUAAUCGAGAAGCAACUGUAGACAGAAUACGUACAGUAACUACUAGAACAAACAGUCUUAGAUUAGGUAAAGAUGAUAAAGGAUUUCCUGUUAAAAUGGAUGGAAUGGAUGCUGGAAUAUGGAUACCAGAAUUAGAAAGAGUUUUUGGAUUUCCAUCACAUUAUACUGAUGUUGGUAACUUACCACCAACAAGACGACAGAAAUUAUUGGGUAAAUCUUGGAGUGUUACUGUCUUGAAGAAUAUCUUAAUGCCUUUAAAGCAGUAUUAUGCUUGUUCAGAAGAACAAAAAUAACUUGAUCAAGAGGGUAAUAAGAAUGGUAGUUUAUUUACUUUUCCAUUAUUUGUCAGACAGCAUUAUAUAAAUUUAUUAAUAGUAUUGUAAUAAAAACUUGGGUAACUGUCCAGGUGUUAUGAAUAAUAUCAAGAAAGUAAUUUGGUUGAUCUGAAUUUAUAUUAUUAAUUUAUUUACUUGAAAUGUUAAUUGUGAUCUCAAAAAUAUAUAGAUGUAUUAUAAUGAUAUCAAAAUGAAACCAUAGUAAGAAAAAUAUAAUGGAACUGAAAUGAUGGUUAAAUAUUUCAACUUAUAGACUGUUCCAGUGUGUGUUUGUUUUUUUAUACACCCACAUUUUCAUGUGGAUGUAUAUUGUCAUCGUCCCUGUCCGUCUGGACAACCAUCCACAGUUUAGCAUCCACAGUUUAUUUGAGGACACUGUAAAGGUCACAAUUCUUGUCCAAUUUUGACGAAAAUAUAGGUUUAUCUCGAAAAGAUCUCAGUUCCUUUCAAUAUUGGUAUUUAUUGUAUCGAAACUUAAUGAAUUAUGGCCCCUGAUUGUACGAAAAAUCAUGUUUUUAGCUUGUGGACACUAGAGGUAACUUGAAAUGUAUGGUUAUAACACAAAGAUCUUGGUUCCUUUCCAUAUUCCCGCAUAUCGAACGGCAUCUACUUACUGGAUUAUGGCCCCUGAUUGUACUAAAAAUUGCAUUUUUAGCUUGUGGUCGCCUUAGAGGUCAAAUUUUUUAUCCAAUUAAAAAAAAAUGAUGAUUGAGCUAGUAUUUCUGGAAAUUGGACUGAAACUGCCUGACAAAAUGGCCGCUCUAUGUUCUAUGUACACAAAUAGUAUUAAAGUAUUAAGAUCAAGGUUGUGGACCCUCUAGAGGUCACAAUUUUGAUCCAAUUUCGAUGAAACUUAAAAUAUAUGUUUAUCCUUUCAAUACAUGCACGGAUCGGAUCCUAACUAUCUGGAUUAUGGUCCCUGAUUGUAUGAAAAAUCGCUUUAUUUAGCUUGUUUCUGUCCAUCUCUUGCAAAAUGUAUGCGAAAAUUGCAUGGAAACUGCUUGUGUUAAUAUACGCUUUUAUUUUAUGUCCCUCUCAUUGCAGGUUUUUUGUUCAAUAGUCUCUCGAAGUCUUGGUAAAGUCUCUUUUGGACAUCAGUAUAAUAAUAUAUACAUGAAUUUAACUUUUAAGUGAAUCUAAAUUACUUGGCAUUACAUUUAAUAAAUACCAAAAAAACCAUUACGAUGACAUAAUUUAAAACCAGAUAAUAAACUCAUACGCCUUGAAUAUUUAUGAUUACAUGUUAUUUUCUUUUAAAAAUAUCACAAUGAUUUGUUGUAUAUUGAACAAAACAGAUAAAUUGUAAUAAUUUGCUACUGACUGUUACAUAAAUACAUAUACAUAUAUAGUUAUAUAUACGUUUUAUCUAAUUGUAUGUACGUACAUAAUCAUUAUUAUUAGAUAUGUAAUUACUGACCUUGAGUAUUUUAUGAUUUACGGAUGAAUUUUUAAUAUUAUGAUUUAUUAUAUCUGGUUUAUAUUUUUCUAAUGAUUGUCAUAUAAGAGUAUAGUUAUAAUUUAUGUUAAUUAUAUCUUAAUUGUUACAUGCUGUGAAGGAACAUACCAUUGUUACGUAUUACUCAGGAUUCUAUAAUUUUUAAAUACUACACAUUAUUAUAUACUACUCAGGAUUCUAUAAAUGAUCUUAAUUGUUAGAUAAUCCAAGCCUGGAAAUAAGGCACCUGUCACAGACAAUGUCAGACACAGAUUCAGGCUUUGUCAGGCACGAAGCCUCUGGUGCCUGUCAUUUUGUCCGACACUGAUUUGUCUUUUUUAUUUAUAUUAUUAAUACAUAAUGUUGUUGGUAAUGUCAUCUGUUAACUAUAGAUGGUUAUUCAUUAUAAUUUCAUCAGGUUUAUAUGUGUAUAACUGUAUAAAGCAAUGAAUUUAAUUAUGUCUUUUAUAUUUAGUUUGUAUAUGUAUUUUCCUCUAAUUUGAAACGGUUAUAGAUUGAAUUAUUAGCUAUGUAAAUUAAGACUAAAUGA